AUGGAGGACCGGCGUUUCCGCUUCAAAGUCUUCGCUGUGAAUAAAAAGCCCAUUGAAACUCCUCUGCUCUUCUCGAGGCUCGCCGGCAGUGGUUGGAGCAACCCCGCCAGGUACGCCGCUGCCAUCUUAUUCGGAGUCAACUCGACCAUUGGCUACCUCUUGAUGCUUGCCAUCAUGUCCUUCAAUGGAGGUGUCUUCUUGGCAAUCGUCUUGGGCCUUACUUUUGGGUAUUUAAUCUUCAGGAUCUCUGAUGAAGAACUCGUGGUUGUAGACAAUCCCUGCGCUUGUGCUUGA